AUGGAGCAGGAGUACGUUGCUGGUCUGUACCAGGCCCUGGGAAAGUCUCCCGGAGCAGAGUUCUCCUCUGAGGAUGUUAGUUUCCUGUACCGCAAAGUGUUUCAUGUUUCCUCCAGCACCAGUGACGCCAAUGCAGCCAUAAAGAAGAUCACCAGAAGUGACAACAGCCGGUCCUGUGUCACUGAAAAUAUUUUAGAUGUUCUCCUCGAAAUGGAACGUGAACGAGAAAAGAAGGAAUCGCUGUUCUGGGACCUCCAGCUACUGAAUGCUGGAAAUCUUAAUCACGUGAUGGAUUGGAUGCAGCAAAGCACAGACCCGGCUGCUACUUUGGAAAUGGCUUACAGCUCAGAUUCUGGAUCCUCACAGCCAUGCACAAUCGAAGCAGCCACUCCCGAGAUGGAGACAAUGAAACUUUGUGGUAGAGUGACAAGUGUGAGGAAGCUGAAGAAAGCAGCCAGGCAGUGUUGGGCUAGAUUGGUGACUGAAGGCCUGCAAAGCAUGUUGCCUUCUUUCUGCAAGGCCCAAGGAGCAGAGAUAAGAUGCCAGGCAUGGGGCUGUGUGUCUUUGUCAGACCUCCUCCUCUUGGUGGAGGUGAAGUACGAUGUGGUGACUCAUCUGCUCUAUACAGAAAUGCUGCAGGAGCACCACGCUGAGACUGUCUGGAAGAUGCUCCUACCAUGGCAACAGCACAGGGAAGAGGAGGGGCUGGAGGAUCUCGCGGAGGAAGCUUUGGAGUCUGCUGACGCGCUCCGCAUGGCGGAAUUGCCGGGGGCAUUCAGGAUAUACAGGGAUAUACACACGCGUACCAAGGUCUCUUUUAAUGGAUUUGUUCAAAGCUGUCCUGAUUCCAAACCUCAGUGCUGGACGGCUGUUUCUUUCCUGAAUGAUUUACACAUACUUCGACAACAUGAGCGGCACACACUGGCGGUCCUAAGCGAGAGGCUGAAUGGAGAGGGCUUCAGACUGGUGUGUCUACACAUUAGGUUGGCGACUCUUCGAGCUCAGAGAGAGAAAACGUCGUACGGUGCUCUUCUGGCGGCCCGGCAGUCCUGGGAAACGUGGCCGCGUGUUUACAGUCCAUGCAGAGCAGAGCGAGUUACUCUGUGGCUCUUUGGUGAUAAAGAGGAGGAAGAGGAGGUGAAAGAAGACACCAAGACCGUACAGCAGGCAUUGCUGCAGCUGCUGGUGGUGACUCAGGAGCAAGAGAGGAAGCACUUGGUCAGGUUGGUUCAUGAGGUCUCCCCAGAGGAUUUGCAGGAUCCAGGUUGUACAGUUCCUUCACAAGUUGAAAGUCACAUGCAUGCUGCUUUGAGGUUUGGUUGCAUAAAAAGGCUGAGACAAGUCUAUGCCUGGCUGCAGAGUGAAACCCUUUCAGAGCAAACAAACCUGCAACCAGUGUCCCAAAUCCAGCUGGAGAACUGUGGACUGCUUCUCCUGAGCCAGCUGCUGGAGCUUCAGGAGGUCCAAGCUUCUGCUUUUCUGCAAGUUUUGGUGAACAAUCAAGCACAGCAAAUCCAGGCCCUGCAUGAGGAAUACAAACGCGAAAUCCAAGCAAAAUGUUUCUCCAACCUGCUCCACCUCCUGACCUCAGAUGAUCCCCUAACACCAGGCUCUGUUCGCCAUCCAUACUGGAUUGAAAACAGUGGAGGCGAGAAAACCAACGCUCAGCCCUGCUACACUAGACUGGCUGAUGAGGCUCAAGAUGCGAGUGGUGCGUUCACUGACACUCAGAUGGAUGUUUUAUCCAGAGGAGCCAGCGGAGCAGUGAAUGAAGUCCAAUCUACAGACGAGGCUGACAAACACGACCUCUGUUCAGGUUGUGGAGCAGUCAUGGAGGACCUGCCCUACUUGGAGAUUUUGUGUGUGCCUGAUGCAAGAAGUGAUGCUCAGGAGACUCCCCCUGCAGAGGGAGGAGCCCAGACGGAGGACAGGGAUGCUGCAGCAAAGACUCAGCAGAGUUUUGAAAAACAGGGUUCUCUAAUCACUCUUGCCUGGAGCCAACUGCCUGAGGACGGCACCGACAGCGAGAUGGAGGCUGCAGCUGGAGACACGGGACAGAAUCUGCAUAUUGAGAACACCCAAGUCCAACCUCCACAAAGUGAGGAGAAGAAUGAGGAGUGCAGUUUAUUACAGCGUACCUUAGCUGGUCAACAGGAUGCGCAGCCUGAGAAGGUGCAGUACAGCACGGUCGAGCAGGUGAUCUUGAAUGCUGCACCAAUAGAUGAUCAACCCAUGGAAGGACAAUCAGUUUCCAAAUGUAACCUCCAAACAGAGACAGAGAGUCCGCAGGCCAUUCAGCCACCUCUUCUCACUGACCCCUCCGAGGCAGAUCCACAUGCUGAUGACCCCUGCUCCGAAACAUCCAAUACCAUCUCUAAUGCAGGCAGAGAAGGAACUGAAGGGGAAAUGUCUCCCAUUGCCGAUGAGUCUGAAGUUUGGGACUUACCUGAAGCUGAACCCUGUCAGCAUGAGGGUCAGGAAUGCCAUCCAGGAGCAGCAGUGGACCGCAGCCUCUCGGAGAUGAAGACAGAGAGGGAACCAAGAGAGCCAGUGUCUGCCAUGGAGAGGGAGAGAACGAUGCGCAACCUGGUGGACAUGCAAAGGAAGGUCGAACAGAAGCAGCAGAGAGACCGGGAGAGGCAGCUGCUGAGGGUUCAGGAGCGUCUGUCGAUCAUCCAGAACAGGAAGGCGGAGGAAGAUCUGCUCGGCUUGAAACACACCGACAGGCUUAAACACCUCACACAUGAUCUACUCCUGGAAGACAGAAAUCAGCAGAAGACUAUUGUUAAAGAGCGUCUGGAGCAGCUCAGAAGAGAGCGUUCUUAUAUCAUGCAGUCCAAAAGAGAUAGGAAUACUGCAGGUUUUAAAGAACUCCUGGGUCCAGUUGUCCUUCACGGCAGAGAGACGGAGGACGGAGCAGACUGGGACACUACAACCGUUUGAAUUCUUUUGUAACUAAAAGCCGGUUUUACUGUUCGCCAUACUCAACAAACCACAAUGUUCUGUGUAUUCUGACACCUUUCUCGUUGGGUAAUCCCAACAUUCAUCUGUUACAACGCAUGGCGUACUUCAACUACACUCUGCUGGGAUUUCUCUCUCAAU